AAACUGUUUGCGCAAACGGUUUGAGUUUGAUGUUGUUUGCUUCGCGUUACGUUCGCCUUCGAUGUCGAGCCACAGAGCCAAGCUCCGGUACAACAUCAGCAGCAGCAGCAGCGUCGCCGUCGUCGUCGUCGUUGUAGAUGUUGUAGAUGUGUUGUUCAACUCCUAAAAACUCGGGUGUGUGCAGCGCGUGCAGAUCAUGUGAAAAUUUCACGACGUUUGCAGAUACGUUGCGAAUUUAUUUAUAACAAAUUCACGUAAAAAAUUAUGAAAAUCGUCGCUCUAAAACAAAACCAACAACAAGCAGCAGUCACAGUGUGUGUGUGUAAAUAGGCAAAUGUUUAAUAAAGUAAUACAACAGCAGCAACAACAAGUGCAACAACUGCAACAACAAGUGCAACAACUGCAACAACUGCAAGAACUGCAGCAACAACAACAACAACAACAGCAAGUAAAUAAUAUAUAAAACAACAAAACAAAGAAACGUGCAACAACAACAAAUACAACUAGAGAAAUGCUUGUGCAGCAGCUGCUGCAUGGCGUCUCUUAAGCGCUAGAGCUUAUUGUUGUUGCUGUUAUUUUGUUGACAGCAACAACAACAGCAGCAACAGCAACAGCAUCAACUGAAGUGUUAACAACAACAACAACAACAGUAGUAGUAAACAAACAAGUAACAAGUGUUGGUGAAUAUGUUGCAGUGCAAUGUUGUUGCAUGCGAGCAGCUCAGUGAUAAUAACAACAACAACAGCAACAACAGCAACAAUAACAACAACAACAUUACAUUUACAACAACAGCUGAAGCAGCUGCAGCAGCAACAGGAACAACUUCUUCUUCAAAUUCUGGGCGCAACAACAAGUGUUUAAGCCAAAAGAGUUCGGCAUGAAAUGGAAGCAGCUAUACGCUCCUCUUCAGUGCAGGUCGGUGCUCCGCCGCCCACAAACAACGCCACAAACGGUGGACAACAGCAACAUCAGCAACAUCAGCAGCAUCAGCAGCAGCAACAUCAGCAACAACAACAGCAACAUCAUCAGCAGCAACUGCAGCAGCAACAUCAGCAACAGCUUCAUCACCAUCAUCAUCAUCAGCAGCAGCAGCAGCAGCAACAACAACAACAACAACAGCAACAACAGCAACAACAACACCAGCAACACCAGCAACAACAACAGCAACGUGCUGCCAGCAAUCAGCAGCAGCAACACAGCGCCGCGGCAGGCAACGCUGCUGCGUCGCAUCAAGUGCAUGAUAAUGGACCAACGUCCCAUCAUUUACAUCAUCAGCAGCAGCAGCAACAUUCUCAGACAGCGUCUAAUCAGCAACAAAACAAAGCAACGCAACAGCAACAAAAGCAACAGCAGCAACAACAACAACAACAACAACAAGUUGCUAAUAUGUCGUAUCAGCAGCGCAUCGCGAGUGGAACGCAAAUCCAUAGGCCGUACCGGACCAUGGAUCAGCAGCAGUAUGUCAAGAGCUUGGGCCACGCCCAUCAGCAGCAGCAGCAUCAGCAGCAGCAGCAUCAGCAGCAUCAGCAGCAAAUGCAUCACCAUCACCACCAUCAGCAGCAGCAGCAGCAGCAGCAACAGCAACAGCAGCCGCAGCAGCAGCAGCAAUCCUCGCGCUCGGCAGCUAGUCCGCUGUCGCCGCCACGUCCCGGACCGGGCAGCGCGGCGGCCGCUGCGGCUGCGAAUAGCUAUGCAAAGUUUGCGGAUGCACCGCAACAUUUUAUACAGUCGCCGGCGUACAGCAUUGGAAUCGCGCCGGUGGCCAGCUAUCGGGAGAACCAUUAUAUGCGGAUACCUCAGGCCUCGGUGCCGGAAUUUCAGCGUGCCGGACGUGCAGCAACUGUGGCCUCCAGUGCCGUUGGCGGUGGCUGCAAGACCGGACCGGGCGGCGGCGCCUCAUCUGUCGCUGGUCCCGGUGCCGGCGGCGUUGUCCAAGUGGCCGGCAAUAUGCCGCCGCCGGGCGCCCAGCCGGGCAGCGUGCUCGUCAUGGAGGCCAUGUCGCAUUACCCAACGUUGCAGUACAACAACGAAUACCUGACCAAUGCCGCAGCUGUGGCAGCGGUCAAUCAGCGACAACAGCAGCAGCAGCAGCAGCAACAACAGCAGCAGCAGCAGCAGCAUCAUCAGGCGCUGUCUGAGCCGCCGGGCAGCAUGGGCCAGCCCUAUAAGAAGCAGCGUUUGAGCGAGCCCAAUGCCAGCAGCAUGAAUCACCUGCCACACCAGCAACAGCAGCAACAGCAACAGCAGCAGCAGCAGCAGCAGCGCUCGUCACCCGCUCAGCAGCACAACAGCCGGCAGAGCAAUCAUGGCGCCGUGUUGCACAUGUCCGCUGCCGCGGCAGCUGCCUCUGUGCUGACACCGCUGGCCAUGCAACAGCUCAAGGUGGAAACGCUGCCCCAACAACAACAGCAGCAGCAGCAACAACAGCAGCAGCAACAACAGCAGCAGCAGCAGCAGCAGCAUGCGCAUGCGCCACGUGGCAUUUUGCCGCCGCCAAUUGUCUCAACAGCCCAGCUGAUCAGCGUCUCCACGGCGCCCAUGAACAGCAGCAGCAGCAUCAGCAGCAGCAUCGGCGGCAACAUCGGCAGCAACAUCGGCAGCAGCCUCAGCUGCGGAAUGGGCAGCAGCCAAGCUGCAAUGGCAGCAGCAGCAGCAGCUGCGGCGGCGGCAGCAGCCGCCAGCAGCUCCGAGGCAUACCAUCCACAGGUGGAGGCCAUUUCGCCCACGUUGCCCAGCGACAAUGCCGAGGAGCGUGCCCGCAGCAGCGGCAGCAGCAGCAGCAACAACAACAACAACAGCAGCAACAACAACGCCAGCACCAGCAGCAGCAGCAGCAACAACAGCAGCAACAUCGCCAAGGAGGAGCUAUUGAUGCAAAUCCAACGUGUGGACAAUGAGAUCAAGUGCGCCGAAACGGCAAUGGAAACGUUGCGCAGAAAGGAGAAGGCGCUGCUGGACGAGGCGGUGGCAACAGUGGCCGCAAUCAAGCAGCAACAGGCAGCCGUUGCAGAGAGCGGCGCCAGCUGCAGCAGCGUCAGCGGAACGAGCAGCGGCACGAGCAGCGGCGGCGGCAAUGAGAUUAUGGAGCUGGCGUGGCGUACACAGAUGCUGGCGCAGGGCAUCUAUGAGGCGAACCGAAAGACGGCCGCCGAACAACAUUCCCAGGUGGAGGAGGCGGGCGGCGGCGAGGAACGGGCACGCCCCUGGCUGCCGUUAUAUAAUCAACCGCUGGAUGUGGAGGCAUUAACGCAUCUAAUCAAACGCCAUCAGACGCUGAUCAAGAAUCCCCUGCUGACGCAUAUACGCAAAUUGAAAGCGGAACGCUGGGAGCACAAUCAGGGUCUGGUUGAGAAAUAUACCAAGGAUCAGGCCGAUUGGCAGCGCCGAUGCGAACGGGCCGAGGGCAGUGCCAAGCGGAAGGCGCGCGAGGCCAAGAAUCGUGAAUUCUUCGAGAAGGUGUUCACGGAGUUGCGUAAACAGCGCGAGGAUAAGGAGCGCUUCAAUCGUGUCGGCUCGCGCAUCAAAUCCGAGGCAGAUCUCGAAGAGAUCAUGGACGGCCUGCAGGAGCAGGCGCUGGAGGAUAAAAAGAUGCGCUCCUAUGCCGUUAUACCGCCCCUAAUGCACGACGCCCGUCAACGCCAUUGCGCCUACCACAACGAGAACGGACGCAUCGAGGACAUGGUGGCCGUACACGAGGAGCGCAAGGCCCUCAAUCUGUGGACAGCCGGCGAGAAGGAGACGUUCAAGGAGAAAUAUCUACAGCAUCCGAAGAACUUUGGUGCCAUUGCGGCCAGCCUGGACCGCAAAUCGCCGCAGGAUUGCGUACGCUAUUACUACCUCAGCAAAAAGACGGAGAACUACAAGCAGCUGUUGCGCAAAUCCCGCCAACGGACGCGCAGCAGCCGCAACCCGGCCAAGGCCCAGGCCCAACAGCCCCAAUGCAUUAUCGAUUCCCUAACAACUGGCGUCACGACUCGCCUACAGCGCGAACAGCAACAGAAAUCCGGCAAUCGUUCCAGCGCCGUCGCCGAACGCGAGCGUGCCGAACGCGCUGCCGAACGGGAGCGUGUCGCCGAAAAGGCCGCCGCCGAUGCCGCCAAGGCGGCCGAGUGUGCCGCCGAGAAGGCGAGCGCCGUUAGCAAGGCCGCCGAGGCGGCUGCCGGCAGCGAGAAGGUGGCCAAGACUGCAGCUGCAGCAGCAGCAGCAGUCGCCGCCGCAGCCGCCGCUGCAGCAGCAGCUGAUAAGACGGACGCUGCGAAGGCGACGCAUGCGGCAGCAGGGAAGCAUGCAACAGCAGCUGCAGCAGCAGCUAAAACGGAGAUCUCAACGGGCAGCAGCAGCAGCAGCAGCAGCGAUGCCAAAGCCAAAACCGCUGAGGAGCAAGCGGUUGCAUCCACGUCGUCCGCUGCAACUGCAACAGCUGCAGCGGCAGCGGCAGCGGCAACAGCUGCUGCCAGCAAUGCAGCCGCCGGCGCAGCGGCAGCGCCCAAGGCGUCCAAGUUGCAGCCAGGCGAAGCAAAAGCAGCAGCAGCCGCAGCAGCAGCAGCAGCCGCAGCAGCAGCCAAGUCCGAGCGGGAGCAGCCAGCGGAGGCGGAUGAGCAUCGGGCCGCCAAGAGCAAAGCAAAGGCCACCGAUAGCUACAAUGCAACUGGUACAGCCGGAGUCAGUGCCACGCCCUCAACAACGCCCGCGGUCAGCGUGGCGAUCAACGGCUUCAAGCCCGGCUACCAGAGCGUCGUCAUGGCCAACGUCAAGGCGCCAGCGCCAGCAGCUGGCCUUGACGAUGCCGCAACCGGAGCUGCAGCAACAACGUCGACAAAUGCAACGGGCGAUAAAAUCGUCAAGGCCGCAUCGAAUACUGCAGCUGCUGCUGGCUUCGUUGUGCCCAAUGCGGCUGCAUCGGAGCCUGUGAGCAACGCAACGCUUACGACGGCCACCACGGCUGGCAACUAUUUGGGCCAGAAGCUGAAGGCGGCGCAAGUCGAGGGACUCGGUGCCGGCAAUGACCUGCACACGGAUGUUAGCGAGGCCAAGAAGAAACGUUACGAGCUGACGCCCGGCGAGGCAAACAACGCCAGCAACAACAACAACAACAACAACAACAGCAGCAACAACAGCAACAACAAUAACAGCAGCAACAACAACAUCAAAGUGACCAACACCAAGGACGCAUCGAAUCAAGUCUCGUUCAUUGACAAGGGCCCCGGCUCAAUGCUGACGCCCGCCGCAUCCAUAUCGUUGCUCUACAGCAGCGCCAUGGCCACAACGGCAGCGGUGGCCGCGAUGGUAGCAGGACCUGGAGCAGGCACAAGGCCAGCGACGGCAUUGACGCCGACCAUGGUGACAGAUCGGGCUGGCAAUUUGCUGAGCACAUCCGAGGUUCUGGCAUUGGAUGGCAAAGAUAAACUGGCAAACUGUUUCGUGUGCAAGGCGGAGGCCUGUCCGCGUACGCGCCCAUUGAAGAAGGGGCGUGGCCAGCAAUAUGCAAUACCAGACGAAACGAUACCGGCGGGCGCACGCGUCUGCAACACAUGCCAGUGCAAAUCGGUGCGCAAUCGCUAUCCGAACUGCCCGCUGCCGACGUGCCCCAAUCCCAAGGAUCGGGCGCAACGAUUGCGCAAUAUACCGACCCGCCUGUUCGAGCUGUCGCCGGAGGUGCGGGAUCCAUUGAUGGCCGAAUUUCAAAUACCAAUGCAUGCGACGCGCUGCUGUUCCGCCUGCCUGAUGCGCAUUCGUCGCAAGCUCGAUCCCCAGCUGAAUCUCACCGAUGAGGAGCGACGUCGCGGCGGCGAUGCCAGCGCCGGCGAUGAAACCGACGUGAGCACCUCCUCCUGCGAUGAGCGCGAACCGGGCGGCUCUGAUACCGCCUCCGUCGAGAGUCCCGAGUAUCUGCAGCGGCACAAGUCUCAGCUGAGCAAGCAGCAGCAGCAGCAGCAGCAGUUGCAGCAGCAGCAGUUGCAGCAGCAGCAGUUGCAGCAGCAGCAGUUGCAGCAGCAGCAGUUGCAGCAGCAGCAGCUGCAGCAACAGCAGCAACAGCAGCUGCAGCUGCAGCAACAACAGCAUCACCAUCAGCAGCAUCAGCAGCAGCUGCAGCAACAACAACAACAACAGCUGCAGCAGCAGCUGCAGCAGCAGCAUCAUCAGCAGCAGCAGCAGCAGCAGCAUCAUCAUCAGCUGCCACAGCCGCCGCCUGUGCCGCACAAGCCUCAACACCAGCUGCAACAUCAACAGCCCUCAGCGAUCAAUGUGCGCAGCGUGGCAGAUGCAACUGGCGCCGCGCUGACCAUCACGCCCACUCGCAUGAGCGCCAAGCAGGCGGCUGCAGCAGCAGCGGCGGCAGCAGCAGCCGCUGGCCACGACAACGAGCGCCUGCUGCCGCCCGCCUGCCAAGCGCCCAAGAAGCAGAAGACCAGCGAGGAGUACGACUCGUCGGCCACAGAGACAGCGGACGAGGAGAACGAAAACUCGCCGGCUAAUCGCCAGAGUCCCAAGGUGAUCUUGAAUGCGGUCGCACAUGCGCAUGGCCACGCCCACGGUCAUGGUCAUGGUCAUGGUCAUGGACACGGCCAUGGCAACAAUGUGGCCGGACUGCAGCCGCCACAUGCGGCAGGAGCUGUGCCACUGACCGCACAGCAGCAGCAACAGUUGCAACAGCAACAACAGCAACAACAGCAACAACAGCAGCAGCAACAGCAGCAGCAACAACAGCAGCAGCAGCAGCAGCAACAGCAGCCGAAUGGACCCAUGAGCCUGCGCCGCGAGCCGGUCAACAAUGUGCAAGAUUGCGUUUACUCGGUUAUCGAGCGGCAGCUGAAACAGCAUGCCAAGGGGCCACAGCUGCCCGGCAACAAUCAGGGCAAGCAAGGCGGCCAACAGCAGCAACAGCAGCAGCAGCAGCAACAGGCACACAACAACUUGGAGCGCAAGGAGCUGAACACAGUGCGCGAAUAUAGACAGGAUGGCAACGCUCUGCUCAAGCAACAGCAGCAACAGCAGCAACAGCAGCAACAGCAGCAGCAGCAGCAGCAGCAGUUGCAACAGCAGCAGCAGACGCCGCCGCCAGCGGGCUUGCCACAUGGCACCUCUGUGCAAAAGAUAAACGCACGCGCCGUGCCGCCGCCCAACUCCGUCAACAGCAGCAGCAGCAGCAACAGCAACAACAAUGCCAGCAGCAGCAGCAACAGCAACAACAACAGCACCAGCGACAAUUUGGCCACUUUAUCUGUGGUCAAUACGCAUCUGGCAGCGCAUCAUGUGCACAUGCCACACCCGCUGCUGCAGCAGCAGAAACAGCAGCAACAGCAGCAGCAACAGCAGCAACAGCAGCAGCAACAGCAGCAGCAACAGCAGCAGCAACAGCAGCAGCAGCAAUUGUUGAGCAGCAUUGAAAAGGCCACA